AGUACGUACUUACUCAUUCGACGUUGUUAGCUCGGACGAGACGGUCGCUGCCUCUCGUCUUAUCGCGUGUGUUGUGUCCCAAAGUGUUGUGGCCGCUGCGCUGAAGCGCCUCCUUCAUUUCGCAGAUUCGGGCAGCGCCCGGCCGCAUCGCGGCCUGUGAAGUUUUUGUUUUUUAUUCACGUCAUUUUUGAAUUUAUUUCCCUGAAAGUGACAAAAGUGAUUUGUGAAGUGCUGAGUGACUGUGUCAACAUGAUGUUACCCGUACUCACCGCCCUCGUGGCUCUGCUCUCUAUAGGAGCAGUGCACUGCGAGGAUGAAACGAUCGGCCCGAUAUUCAUGAAGGAACCCCCGAACCGAGUGGACUUUAGCAACACGACCGGCGCCGUAGUGGAAUGUGCUGCACGAGGAUCCCCCACUCCCGACGUCAUCUGGGUACGAGCUGAUGGUACCGCUGUAGGAGAUGUACCCGGAUUACGACAGGUGUUGCCGAAUGGAAACCUCGUGUUCCCACCUUUCCGUGCAGAGGACUACCGUCAAGAGGUACAUGCUCAGGUGUAUGCUUGUUUGGCCAGGAACCCCGUUGGUACCAUUCAUUCCCGUGAUGUUAACGUGCGAGCCGUUGUUGCCCAGCAAUAUGACACUGACGUCAACAAGGAGUAUGUCAUUAUGGGUAACAGCAUCAUACUCAAGUGCCAGGUCCCAUCCUUCGUAGCAGAUUUCAUCGACGUUCUCUCUUGGCACACCGAUGAAAACGAGGACUUUUAUCCUGGAGAAAAUUACGAGGGAAAAUAUCUAGUACUCCCAUCUGGUGAAUUACAUAUCCGUGAUGUUGGACCCGAGGAUGGUUACAAAUCAUAUCAAUGCCGCACUAAACAUAGACUAACUGGAGAAACUCGUUUAUCCGCUACUAAAGGACGAUUAGUUAUCACAGAGCCGAUAGGGCGCGUGCCACCAAAACUGUCCACUACACAAGUGAGCAUCACGUUCACGACGACGCUGGGCAUGUCCUUCACGUUACUCUGCCCCGCGCAGGCCUUUCCCGUCCCCAUGUUCAGAACCCGUUGGACGCGUACCGCCCAAAUUUUCAUCCGUUGUGAUGGGAACGAUGAUUGGAGUCAAGGAUACCGAGUCAUUCGCUUUACAAUGCCCCGCCCAGGCGUUCCCGGUUCCGCUUUUCAGAGCCCGUGGGUCGAGUCUCGCCAAAAUUUACGACUAGCGACAAAAGUCGAGCCUUCGAUACAAAGGAAGACGAUAAUGUCACGCUAUUGUGCCCCGCGCAAGCUUACCCCGCCCCGGCCUUCAGAACCCGUUGGCUCUAAAUCGCCUACAUUCUCUAACGAUGUACAAUUCUCUGGAAUAACUCGUAAGACCGGUCAGGAUUUUGCACUCUUGUGCCAGGCUCAAGCGUAUCCCGUUCCCAUAUUCAGGCGCAAGCUCAUCCGUCCCCCAUGUUCAAAACCUGUGGGAUCCAAGCCGCCUACAUUUACUACUGACUUUACAUUGUCGGCGGUAACGAGGCAUAAGGAUCAAAGUUUCUCAAUGAUGUGCCAAGCUCAAGCGUUCCCUAUUCCAAUAUUCAGGCAAAACCGGUCGGUGCCAAGUCCCCUACGUUCUCGUCUGAGUCUAUGGGGAGCAUAUUUAGAAAACGUAUCGGACAAGGGUUCGGUCUUCUAUAACCGGUGGGAUCUAAAGCCCCUACUUUUUCUACGGACGCUCGUAGUACAAGUUUCGUUCGAACAGUCAAUCAAAGUUUCGGAUUGUUGUGUCAAGCGCAAGCGUUUCCUGUUCCCAUAUUCAGAGCCUAUCGCAAGUGCGGUGCCAAGUGUUACGUCGACGCCAAAAGCCGCCGUGCACUAUGCACAGUUAUCUUCGUUAGCUCUCUUGUGUCCUGCUCAAGGAUAUCCCGUUCCAGUUUCGAGAUGGUACAAAUUCAUCGACGGCACGACAAGGAAGCAGCCAGUUGUGCUGAACGACAGAGUGAAGCAGGUUUCUGGAACUCUCAUCAUUAAAGAGGCUAAAGUCGAGGAUUCCGGGAAAUAUUUGUGCGUUGUCAAUAACUCUGUUGGUGGCGAAUCAGUUGAAACGGUUCUGACUGUGACCGCACCUCUAAAGUCGACUGUGGAACCCGCCACUCAAACUGUUGAUUUCGGCAGACCCGCUGUCUUUACUUGCCGCUACGAAGGAAACCCCAUCAAGACUGUUACAUGGCUUAAAGACGGCAAGGACAUGAACCAUCAUGACGCUAUCCUAAGGAUUGAGUCCGUAAAGAAAGAGGACAAGGGCAUGUACCAGUGCUUCAUCAGGAACGACCAGGAGAGCGCCGGCGCCAGCGCUGAACUCAAACUUGGAGGACGAUUCGAGCCACCCCAAAUCCGUCACAGCUUCGGCGAACAAACCCUGCGCUCUGGACCUCCCCUGCGACUGAAGUGCGUAGCGUCCGGCAACCCCACCCCCGACAUCGCCUGGCUGCUGGACGGCGACAAGCUCAGCAGCGGCGAGCGGCUGCAGAUCGGACAGUUCGUUACCGCCGAUGGCAACGUCGAGUCUCACCUCAACAUCUCCUCUGUGCACACCAACGACGGCGGCUUGUACUCCUGUAUCGCCUCCAGCAAGGUCGGCAGCGCUUCUCACGCGGCCCGCGUCAACGUGUACGGCCUGCCGUACGUGCGGCCCAUGAAGAAGCGGCCCAUCAACCGCAAGCAGAAGGUGUACCCCAACGGCACGCUGGUGAUCGAGAACGUGGAGCGCAUGAGCGACCAGGCCACCUACACCUGCGUCGCCAAGAACUCUCAGAGCUACACCGCCAAGGGAACUUUGGAAUUGCAAGUUAUGGUGCCGCCUCAGAUCUUACCGUUCGAAUUCGGCGACGAGCCGGCGAACGCGGGAGAUUUGACUUCCGUCACGUGUGCCGUCAACAAGGGCGACCAGCCUCUCGAAAUCUCCUGGACCCUCAACGGACACGCCCUGCGUAGAAACAAUGACCUCGGCGUCACCAUCACUAACAUCAAUAAAAAGACAUCCAUACUAAAUAUCGAUUCCGUGGCCGCAAUCCAUCGUGGUCUAUACUACUGCGUGGCUAAAAAUGCCGCCGGCAUCGCCAACCACAGCGCUGUACUCGAAGUCAACGUUCCCCCUCGUUGGAUUCUUGAGCCCACUGACAAAGCUUUCGCUCAAGGCUCUGAUGCUAAAGUCGAAUGUAAAGCCGAUGGCUUCCCCAAGCCCCAGGUGACAUGGAAGAGGGCAGAAGGGGAUACGCCUGGCGAUUACAAAGACCUGAAACCUAACAACCCCAAUGUUAAGGUAGAGGAUGGAACAUUGACCAUUAACAAUAUUCAAAAGACCAACGAAGGAUACUAUCUCUGUGAAGCCGUAAAUGGAAUUGGAUCCGGUCUUUCCGCUGUUAUUUUGAUUAGUGUACAGGCACCUCCUCAAUUCGAAAUUAAAAUGAGAAACCAGACUGCGCGCCGAAGCGAACCAGCCGUUCUGCAAUGCCAAGCUAAAGGUGAAAAGCCCAUUGGAAUCAUCUGGAACAUGAACAACAAACGCCUGGAACCCAAAUCCGACCCCCGCUAUACAAUCCGCGAAGAGAUCCUGCCCGGAGGAGUAGUCUCUGAUCUGAGCAUCCGACGCACUGAACGAUCUGACAGCGCCCUCUUUACUUGCGUAGCAACCAAUGCCUUUGGAUCCGAUGACACCAGCAUUAAUAUGAUUAUCCAAGAGGUACCUGAAGCUCCCUAUGGCCUGAAAGUACUCGACAAAUCCGGUAGAACCGUCCAACUGUCUUGGGCCGCACCUUACGAUGGCAACUCUCCUAUCAAGAAGUUCCUCAUUGAAUACAAACGGGCUAAGGGCAACUGGGAAAAGGAUAUCGACAGAGUACUCGUCCCCGGCGACGCGACCGAAGCUGGUGUUUUCAGCCUCCGCCCCGCUACCGCUUAUCACAUUAGGAUCGUAGCUGAAAACGAGUUGGGAACCUCCGAGACAUAUUUGGUCACGUUUUAUACCAAUAAAAUCAACUUGAAUUUCAGAUACUACGUUGGCUACAAACUGGCUUCCAGCAACAAAUCGUUCGUGUUUGAGACCGUCGACAUCUCUAAGGAAUCUGGCAAGGAGCAUCAUCUCGACAUUUUGAAUCUGAAGACCUACACUCAAUACGCGAUCGUAGUACAAGUAUUCAACAAGAUGGGCUCUGGCCCCGUGUCCGGCGAGGUCCGCGCCUACACCGCAGAAGGAGCCCCCUCCGCGCCCCCGCAAGAUGUGCUCUGCACCACGCUUACCGCACAGACUAUCCGCGUCUCCUGGGUCUCCCCGCCUCUUGCCGCCGCUAACGGACUCAUCAAAGGCUACAAAGUUAUCUACGGACCUAGUGACACUUGGUAUGAUGAGAAAUCGAAGGAUACAAAGAUUACGGCGAGCAGCGAGACCAUUCUGCACGGACUGAAGAAAUUCACCAACUACUCUAUGGAAGUGCUGGCGACCACCAACGGCGGCGACGGCGUGCGCUCCGCUCCCAUACACUGCCAGACUGAACAGGACGUCCCCGAGGCACCUCGCGCGGUGAAAGCCCUGGUUAUGGGAGCAGACUCUAUCCUGGUGUCCUGGCGGCCCCCCGCGCAGCCCAACGGCCUCGUCACACACUACAACGUUUACACUCAGGCACAGAACACUGAACCUCAUCCUAAUAAGUAUAAGGAAGACGUGAAACUGCCCUGCCUCGCCGUCGGUGUGCCCUCGCCUAAUAUCAUCUGGAAGGUAAAGGGCCAGCCGCUGGAGGGCUCGGAGCGCGUGCGGCAGCUGCCGGAGGGCUCGCUGCAGAUCGCGGGCGUGGCGCGCGAGGACGCGGGCGAGUACUCCUGCCACGUCGACAACCAGUUCGGCACCGACACCGUCACGCACACGCUCUCCGUACUCGCGCCGCCGUUCCCGCCGCAGCUGAGCAUCGCGUCGUCGUCGGUGUCGUCGCUGACGCUGCGCCUCAAGCCCUCGCUGGAGGCGGAGCAGUCGCCCGCCGCCGGAUACACCAUACACUACAAACAGGAAUUCGGAGACUGGGAAACUGUACAGAUUCCAAGCAACACUGACACUUACACUUUGGAGAACCUGUUCUGCGGAUCCAGAUAUCAGCUUUACGUGACUGCUUACAAUGGUAUCGGCACGGGCGAGGCGUCUGACGUGGUGAUAGCGCGCACGCGGGGCUCCAAGCCGCCGGUGCCGCGCGCCGCUGACUUCAUCGAGGUGGGCAGCUCCUCCGUCACGCUGCACCUCAAGCAGUGGCUGGACGGCGGCUGCCCCAUGAGCCACUUCGUCGUCGAGAACAAGAAGAAGGGAGCUGCUGAAUGGAACCAAAUCUCGAACGCCGUAAAGCCCGGAGGCAAUUUCGUUGUACUCGACCUGGAACCCGCUACUUGGUAUGUGCUGAGGAUCACCGCACACAAUAACGCCGGAUUCAACGUCGCUGAAUAUGAAUUCGCUACACUCACAAUGACUGGAGGUACGAUCGCCCCCGCGCGCGACGUCAACGACGGCAACCUCACCACCGAGCAGACCAUCAAGAUCAUCCUGUUGCACCUCAAUCUGAUCGUGCCGGUGGUGGCCGUCAUCCUCGUCAUUAUCAUUGCCAUCGUGGUCGUGUGCGUGGUGCGCGGCGCCAGGGACCACCACAAAGGUAUCACGCUAGGCACCAUCGCCCCCCUCCCCGGCAACGCCGACAAGGAUCUGCCCCCCUGGGUCAAAGCCUGGCUCGAGCCAGAAGUGUUGGUGCCCAUCCUCGCCACUAUUGUGGUGUUCAUCGUGGGCGUGGUGGUGAUCUGCCUCACCCUGGCCCGGAGGAACACUCCUCACCGCCUGCGAGGUCAGAAGGACGUGUACUAUGACGCGGUAUACAACGCAUCGCAAGCUGCGCUGGGCGGGGGCGCGGGCACACUGGACAAGCGCGGCGGAUUACGCGACGAGCUCGGCUACAUCGCUCCGCCUAACAGGAAGCUACCUCCCGUACCCGGCUCCAACUACAAUACUUGCGAUCGUGUGAAACGUCAAGCCGUUAUCAUGGGCGCGCACUCCACGUGGGACCCGCGCAGACACCACUACGAGCGCGUGCGCAGACCGCGCCUGCGCCGCACCGGCUCCGGCGACACCAUCUCUACAGGCAUGGAAGACGAAAUCUGCCCCUACGCUACGUUCCACCUGCUAGGCUUCCGCGAGGAGAUGGACCCCAGCAAGGCGCUGGCGUUCCCGCACCACCACCCCGGACACCCUGCUCACCCCGCGCACGCCGCGCACACCCCGCACGCCGGCACCCUGGCGCACCCCCACCCGCAUCACCCCGCUCACUCGCGCGCUGGAUCUCAAAGCAUGCCCCGUGCCAACAGCCGCUACGCCCGCAAGAACCCCGCCUGCUGCCAGCCCGAGGACGAGCAGUACACCGGCGCUUACGGCACGCCCUACUCCGACCACUACGGCUCCCGACCCAGCAUUGGAACUCGCAAAUGCGGCAGCUCCCCCGAGCCUCCCCCGCCCCCGCCCCGCAACGCCAACACCGACAACAACUGCUCCUCCUCCUUCAACGAGAGCAAGGACUCCAACGAGAUCUCCGAGGCCGAGUGCGACCAGCCCCGCAACUACCCUGUCAGGGCCCACACUGCCAAGGACGGCUUGCACAGCGAGGAAAUGAGAAAACUCAUUGACAGACCAGAAGCAAACACCCCAAUCCCCCAGCAAGCAGUCCACGGGCGAGGGGGACUCACAGCCUACGAUACUGUGGCAGUGUAACCUGUAAACCUGCGCAACUGGCUACACCUGCGACACAUUGCUAUUAAUUUAAGCAAAUCACACCAUCUCACUACUACGCAUUCCCACAGCUUCCAACUAUUUUAAAGCGAUUUAUUUUAUCAGCCCAUAAUGUACGCUUAACUGUAUAAUUUGCAUUCGUAGCUAGAGAGAUGGUGAUUUUGACAUUACAUUUUUUUAGUCCCCCGAAUAAGUGUGUCGCAUUUUUUCUUUCAUUCGUUUUAAAUUUAUCCCAACUUAGUUGCUGGAUUAUUUUUACUGUUUACAUUGUGGCAUGUUUGUGCCAUUUCACGUUGAUUCUCACGGCAACAUCGACUCGCUUGGAGAUUUGGCAAAGUUGGCGUAACAGGUAGCCAUCUUGAUUGGAGUCUGACGUCACUUUGCGCGUAGUGUUACCAUUCAAAAACGGAAUUAUGGUUGUGGUAGUUAUUUCAAAUUGAUAUAUUCCCUUUAGAAAAAAGUGACGUCUUUCCAAAAAUGUUUGUGCGCUUCCAACUUUGCCACGUUCGAGAGUUAUCUACAAAUUAAGUCAUUUUUUUAUUUCGAUUAAUUUUUGUCUUAUUUGUUCAGCUUAAUUUAAAACUUUGACGAAGCUGGUGUUUGGGGUGGUUUUAAGUUUCAAUUUAAAUUAAGCUCAACACGUAAUUAAUGUGAUAUUUCGUAUUUUUUACCUAUUUUAUUUUUUAAUUGAAGUGAACUAACACAAACAAUAUUUAUAUUUGUGUACUCGUAGUUUUUAAUGACCCGGCGACCGCGAGUCGUCUCGAUGCUUCCUUUUUGCUGUUAUAGUUUUCGUAAUGCUUUUACCAUUUACGUUAUCGGCAUGUCCUACAUGAUUUUUUUAACGUUUUUUUAUGUUUUUACGUCAACAUUACGUACACUACUUUAUUAAGGUUUAGAGUUAAGUAAUUAUUAAUCAUAAUUAAUCAAUUCUUCAAAUAAAGUACUAUAUAAUCUGUAGCUAACGACUUAAGACAUGUUACACGUUACUCCUUAAACAAUAAAGUACUAAAGAAUACAUAUGAUAACCGGCAAAUAUACUCAAAAUGCAAUUGGUACUCAAAACUAACUGAUAUGAAAUUAUUCGAACAUUACUCAACAUUAUAAAUUAAGGUGCAUUUUUAUCGAUAAUUAUAAUCUUCUCUUUCUAUAUUAUAUGCAAAUAAAUUAGGUUUAAGACACGAGCGUGUCAUUUUCUAGUUGUACCCUAUGUGUUGUGCAUUGUGUCAGCUUGGCAACGUAGCGUAGAUAGGUUCCCCAUACUUCCUACCCGCUUGCUCAUCUCCAAACUUCCAUUUAGAUAUUUCGGAUAAAACAAGGCUAGUUAAAAAUUUAAUAUGAAUUCUAUUCAAAAUUAUAAUAUUAGCUGUUCGAUCGAUAUAUUAAGGUAAAAUGAUACUUAUCGGCGAUGUUUUUGAUGGGGUUGGUUACAAUUUUGCCUGUUUUUUGCAUUUCACCGGCUGUUCUAAGAUAAGUUCAAUUUUAAUAAUUAAAAUUUUUCGAUUAGACAUUGCUUACGCAACUAACUGUUUGUACCAAAGUGUUUGAUUUGUGUUAAAUAAAGUAUUCUUACGUCGACUACAAA